AUUUGAUAUAUGCAAUAUUUCUUACUGCUGCAAUAUCGAGUUCGUGCAGCCUUGAAGGAGCAUUGCAUGCUCUGCAUCAUUACUGCCGACUGAUAGUUGCUCAAACAUUCGAACGAGUGAUCUUCUCGAGUUUACUGCUAUCCUCCAAUCUCCGGCGGAGGUAUUUCGAGGACCAUGGCCUCCAAGGUCGAAAAGCUAGAGGAGGUUGACUAUGCCAUCAAACCAGAAAACGUUACGUCGGUGAUUCCGACAUCAGAAUGGCCACUACUCCUGAAGAACUAUGACAAGCUGCUCGUACGAACAGGACAUUUCACUCCCAUCCCCUGUGGCUGUACGCCAUUGAAGCGCGAUCUCAAAUCUUACGUCUCCUCGGGCGUCAUCAACCUCGAUAAGCCCUCCAAUCCCUCUAGCCACGAAGUGGUCGCGUGGGUCAAGCGUAUACUGCGAGUAGAAAAGACCGGCCACAGUGGUACGCUCGACCCCAAGGUCACCGGAUGUCUUAUUGUCUGCAUAGACCGGGCCACUCGCCUGGUCAAAUCACAACAAGGAGCUGGAAAGGAGUAUGUGUGCGUCAUCAGAUUACACGACAAACUGCCCGGCGGAGAAGCGCAGUUCGCACGAGCUCUCGAGACCUUGACUGGUGCCCUUUUCCAACGACCACCAUUGAUCUCCGCCGUCAAACGGCAGCUACGUAUCCGAACCAUCCACGAGAGCAAGCUUUACGAGUUCGACAACGACCGCCAUCUCGGCGUGUUCUGGGUUAGCUGCGAAGCAGGAACAUACAUCCGAACACUCUGCGUACAUUUGGGGUUGCUGCUAGGCGUCGGCGCACACAUGCAAGAGCUACGAAGAGUACGAUCCGGAGCUAUGGGAGAGAGCGAUGGCAACAUGGUCACACUACACGACGUGUUGGACGCACAGUACGUCAUGGACAACAACCGAGACGAGUCGUACCUACGAAAAGUCAUUGCGCCGCUCGAAAGUCUCCUCACGACGUACAAGCGUAUCGUCGUUAAGGACAGCGCCGUCAAUGCUGUCUGCUACGGUGCUAAGCUCAUGAUCCCCGGCCUGCUCCGAUUCGAAGCCGGUAUCGAAGUCCACGAAGAAGUCGUCCUCAUGACAACCAAAGGUGAAGCGAUCGCGCUGGGCAUCGCACAGAUGUCGACAGUCGAACUAUCCACUUGCGACCAUGGAGUCGUCGCCAAAGUCAAGAGAUGCAUCAUGGAGAGAGAUCUGUACCCACGAAGAUGGGGCAUGGGUCCUGUCGCUCUGGAGAAGAAGAAGAUGAAAUCCGAUGGCAAGCUCGAUAAAUAUGGCCGCCCCAACGAGGCUACGCCCGCGAAAUGGACAUCCGGGUACACCGAUUACAACGCGCCAUUGGAAGGACCCGGCUCUGUCGCCGCGCCCGUCACAGAAAAGACAUCUCAGUCCGAUGUGCUUGCUGCUCCGCCCGUAGCACCGAACGGUGCAGACGCAGAAGCGAUGGACCUCGACGAGACUGCUGUGGCGCCCCCCACCACCAACGGCGACGCCGCAUCUCUGGGCCCCAAAGAGAAGAAGGAGAAGCGCAAGAAGCACGACGGUGAGACGCCCGAAGAGCGCGCCGAGCGGAAGCGCAGGAAAAAGGAAAAGAAGGACAAGAAAGAGAAGAGGAAGAGCGGCGCGAGCAAGGCCGGGGACAGUGAUGAGAGCGACUGAACAAAAUUGUUAAGUCCCCCUUGUAGUUCUCACGGCGUUGAUGGCGCGGGAAGGGGAGUGAAAAAUGGGCUGGGUAUCGGUCGUGUUCACUUGUACUUGAGGUGGCAAUCACGGGGACGAAUGCUUGCGAAUCUUAUGUAUCGAGCCGGUGGUCCUAUCCUAACGCAACUUGCAAAAAAUUGAAAUAAUCAUAAGAUGAAUGCCAAUCGAUCAGAAUCAUUGAAAUGAUACAAGAUUCUUUUCCG